UUCAUAUCUUCAAUCUUUAGUGACGAUACGUAAGAUAUAAAAAGAUCAUCAUAUUUAUCAAACUCAAACAUAGUUGAAGUGGGCAGGACAAGAGACAUAACACAGACAAAAAUGAAAACGUUAUACCAUCUUAUAAUAUUAGUGGUAUUCCUGAGCCCAAUCAAGUUCAAUGAAUGUAAAUCAGCCGCUGUCCGUCUAAACACCGUGAGAAGAUUCCCAGAAGGGUUCUUGUUUGGCACGGCGACUGCUGCCUACCAGGUGGAAGGCGCCUGGAAUAUUGAUGGAAAGACAGAAAAUAUUUGGGAUCACUUAACCCACACGCACCCAUGCGAUAUAAAGGACUGUUCCAAUGGUGACAUUGCCAACGAUUCCUACCACCAGUACAAAAGAGACGUGGAGAUGAUGAGAGAGCUCGGAUUAGAUUUCUACAGAUUCUCUUUGUCGUGGACCAGAAUCUUACCUACCAGUUUCGUAGACAAAAUAAACGAAGCAGGCGUAAAUUACUACAACAAUCUGAUAGACGAGAUGCUUAACUAUAAUAUCCAGCCGAUGGUGACGCUGUACCAUUGGGACAUGCCGCAGAAGUUACAGGAUCUAGGGGGGUGGAACAACCCUCACAUCGUAGAUUGGUAUGGAGAUUAUGCACGCACUGUAUUUGAGCUAUUCGGGGACAGAGUAAAAAAUUGGAUCACUAUGAAUGAACCGCGUGAAAUUUGUUACCAAGGUUAUGGCGAUGUUACGAUGGCGCCGAGACUUAACAUCAAGGGGGUGGCGGACUAUAUGUGUGCCAAAAACUUGUUGUUGGCGCAUGCACGGGCUUACCAUAUUUAUAACGAUGAAUUCAGGGAAACUCAGAAUGGAACAAUCGGCAUAACAAUAAGUGCAGGUUUUUCGGAACCGGCGUCAGAAUCUGAGGAAGAUAGAGUUGCAUCAGAGGAAGCCGCGCUUUUUAGGUGGGGUAUAUAUGCUCAACCAAUCUUCUCGGAAACUGGAGAUUUCCCUUCGAUAUUGAAAGAAAAGGUAGCUGCAAAGAGCGCUGAACAAGGAUUCUUGCGAUCUAGACUACCGGAGUUCACACCAGAAGAAGUGGAAUACGUGCGAGGAACAUCAGAUUUCUUCGGGCUAAAUCAUUACACGUCUGAUUACACGUUCAGAAACGAAUCAGUUCUAGGUAUAUUUGAAUCUCCGUCGUCUGAUGACGAUCUGGGAGCUGGGUCGUAUGUUCUCGAAGAAUGGGAAAGUUCUGCAUCAUUUGGGCUAAAGGUGGUGCCAUGGGGUUUCUACAAACUCUUGGUUAAAAUUAAAGAUGACUACAAUAAUCCACCUGUAUUUAUAACUGAGAACGGGUUUUCAACUCUUGGUGGCUUGGAGGAUGACGGCCGUAUUUCGUACUACAGGAAGUAUCUGGACGCAAUGCUGGAUGCGAUAGACGAAGGCUGCGAUGUAAGAGUGUAUACUGCGUGGAGUCUCAUGGAUAACUUCGAAUGGAUGCAGGGAUAUACAGAGAAAUUUGGACUAUACGAAGUGGACUACGAGGACCCAGCGCGCACGCGUACUCCGCGGAAGUCCGCCUUCGUGUACAAGGAGAUCGUGCGCUCUCGUGCGCUCGACUGGAGCUACCAGCCUGACACCGAUGUCAUGACCAUAGAUGAUGGACAUUGCUAUGCAACAGCAUUCAGCAUAAUAUUUUCAGCAAACACAAAAGCUGCUAAUGACCAGCAAGACGUGAGACAAUUCCCCAAUGGGUUUCUGUUCGGGGCCGCCACAGCUUCCUACCAAGUAGAGGGGGGUUGGAAUGAGGACGGAAAAUCAGAAAAUAUCUGGGAUGCCUUCACCCAUCUCAAACCUAGUCCCAUUCUUGAUAAUACCACUGGAGACAUGGCAGAUGACUCGUAUCACCAAUACAAACGAGACGUUGAAAUGGUUCGAGAGCUUGGGCUUGAUUACUACAGAUUUUCCUUGUCAUGGACCAGAAUAUUACCUACAAGUUUCCCUGAUAAAAUUAACGAGGAUGGCGUAUUGUACUACAAUAAUUUAAUAGAUGAGUUAUUGCGAUAUAAUAUAAAGCCUAUAGUGACUAUCUACCAUUGGGAUCUACCGAAAAAACUGCAAGAUUUGGGGGGAUGGACUAACCCCGAAAUUAUCAAUUGGUAUGCGGAUUAUGCCAGAAUUGCAUUUGAUUUAUUUGGUGACCGAGUCAGAUGCUGGAUAACCAUUAACGAGCCCGUACAAAUUUGUUAUUUUGGUUACGGUUUAGAUAGUCUUGCUCCUGCUAUAGAUAUUAAGGGGGUGGCUGAAUACAUGUGCGCUAAAAAUGUAUUAAUGGCCCACGCGAAAGCUUACCAUAUUUACGAUGAAGAGUUCAGACCAAAGCAAGGAGGAAAUAUUUCUAUUUCACUCAGCGUAGAGUGGUUUACACCAGAGAGCGAAGACCACGUAGAAGCCACUGAGGAUUACAUUCAAUUUACAUUGGGGCAAUAUGCUCAUCCUAUAUUCUCUCAAAGUGGGGAUUUUCCAAAAAUUAUGAAACAGAGAGUGGCAGACAAAAGUAAGGCACAGGGGUUCAGUAGAUCUAGACUGCCAGAUUUCAGUGAAGAAGAAAUAUCAUUUGUAAAAGGAACAUCGGACUUCUUUGGACUGAAUCAUUACAGUACUCAUGUUGUGUUUAGAAACAAGACAGUAGAGAGCCUUUACGAAGUUCCAUCUCUUGCAGAUGAUGCAAAUAUAUCAAUAUAUCAAUUAAGUGAAUGGAAAAUUGGAGAAUCAGAUAUGACAAAGGUUGUUCCUUGGGGAUUCUACGAAAUGUUGACUAGAAUAAGGGAAGAAUACAAUAAUCCGCCUAUAUACAUAACAGAAAAUGGAUUUUCAAGUCAUGGAGGCUUGACGGAUGAUGAUCGUAUAUACUACUACCGAAGCUACCUUUCGGCUUUACUAGAUGCGAUCAAGGAAGGAUCUGAUAUCAGAGCUUAUACAGUUUGGAGCCUCAUGGAUAAUUUUGAAUGGAAAAAUGGAUAUACAGAGAGGUUGGGUCUAUAUGAGGUUAACUAUGAGGACGCCGCGCGCACGCGUACUCCGCGGAAGUCCGCCUUCGUAUACAAGGAGAUCGUGCGCUCUCGUGCGCUCGACUGGAGCUACCAGCCUGACACCGAUGUCAUGAUCAUAGAUGACGGACAUUGAGAGAUUUUAUCUUUAUAAAUAAAAUACUUAAUCAUAAA